GGGGACGAUGUGGCCGCCACGUCUAUGGAAUGAUUUUCAAUUCGCACCUGCUCAAAUACACUAUCUGAUCUCAAUUUCAAUGAAGGACAAAUCUGGCUGAUUUGAUUUAUUUACUUACUUUAUUUUGUUUGCCAUUCAGGUAUGAACAUGGGAAGUGCCAUUAUUGUUUCUCGGAUAUACAAGCCACUGACACGGGUAUAAAAGCGUUCGUGUUUGCUACAAGUUAGCAUUCAAGCAGCAUACGCGUUCCCAAAAUCAAUCUCAAGGCCAAUCUAAUCGACCAAAGUAAAUAUAUCCAAGAUGUCCAAUAUUCCCAGAUUGUUCCUCAUCCUUGGAGCACUCAUGGUUUCCUGCAAAUCGCAGGCGACCUACUGCAACUGGCCCCAGGUUAUGGGUCCAGAUUCCGUUUGUUACUCCGGGGCCAACGGGGCUUGUGAGACUACAGCUGAGUGCAUGCCAGGAGACCAAUUAAUUUGCGACGGUGGAAGAUGCAAGUGCCGGAAUCCAGUCAACAUGUGGUACAACUCCAAUGAUAACACAUGUACAAUCAAACUGGGUCUCCCUUGUAUCCCUGACCAUGCAACUGACAAAUGUGGAGACAAAACGGUUUGUCUGGAGGACAGCUCUUUAGCCUCGAACACUGGGUACAGUUGCCAGUGUGAUGCUGGAUUCAUUAUGGGCACAGACGGGAGCUAUUGCCACAAAGGACACUUGGAAUCUUGUGCCCCAUAUGAAUGCGGUUCUGAGAUGAUGACGGCCGGAGGUCGUGGCUUAGCUUGCAUCAAGGGUCAGUGUCAAUGCAAGAAUACACCAGCUCAAACUUGGGAUGAUGCUAAGCAGCUCUGUGGUGGCUUGGAAGGGACAGAAUGUACCUUCAACUCAGUAAACCAUCUUGAAUGCCACACCGGUUUGACUUGUGUUAAACAAGGUCAGACGGCUGAUGGGAUUUGCCGAAAUGUUCCAGCAACUACUACAGCAGCACCAGCAACUACUACAACCGCAGCACUAACAACUAAACCAGCUGCUACCACCAGAGCUGCAACUACUAAGAGACCUAUCGGCAAAUGAGGAAUAACAGUGGAACAUGCAGAAUGGGAACAUUAAUAAUUUCAAAUGCCAUGUGGAUAAUUCUUUAAAUUCAGCUUCUACAAAUUGAAAAUAUAAAAAUUAAGGAUGUAAAA